AGAUUUGUUUAACUUAUCUAGGUGGGAGGUCUACCCCUUCUAUCCGAGUUCCUAGCUAAGGUAGAGGAGAACCUGGAGAAACUAAGAAACCUGGAUUCAGAUCUAGAAUAUUCAGGUUCCCCGGCUGUCCAGUCUCUAGCUGCUAGAUUUAACGACAGUUCAUCUAGCUCACCCUGUAUACUACCAAGCAAUCUAGAUAACAGCUCAAAUACUCCUGCUCCUAGCAGCUCAAAUACUCCUGCUCCUAGCAGCUCAAAUACUCCUGCUCCUGGCAGCUCAAAUUCGGCCAGCAGCACAAGUACUUCAAAUUUGAACAGCUCUCCUAACCGCAGUUCGGUUUCUUCCCCUGUUGUAGGAAAAUCAGUGCAACUGGAUCGAUACAAGCUUCAAGCUACCCUACUAGAAGCAGCUCAUAGAAACCAGAAACUCCAGAUGAGACCGUUUGACCUGCUCCGAAGUGAGCUGAUGACCCUCCUCCACCAAACCUUUAAGGACUACCUCCAACCACCAACCGUGAAACCUCUUCAUGAAAUAUUCUUUUUCACAGCUACGGCAACAGUUAGAAGACAUCUUGUAGGUGCUCCACGAGCAGCUCUUCAUACUGCUCUCACCGAUCCCUACCUUUACCUGGAGCAUCCUGAUCUAGAGAUCCAGGACCAAGGAGAGAUCCCUCCAACCCUUCCUGAUAUCUGUGUUGGAUACAAACUACACCUAGAGUGUCCCAGGUUGAUUAAUGUAUAUGACUGGCUAAGCUGUUGGCAUAGUAUAAUCUCUACUGGAGCUGAAUCUAUCUCUGAGGAGGAGCAGGCUAGGUUCGCAAGGAUUGUUUCCGAGCUUCAAUAUAUCGGCUUCAUCAAAUCCAGUACAAGGAAAACUGAUCACGUGGCUCGUUUAACCUUCGGUGGAUCUUGAUUUAGUUCUCAACUUACUGAGUGAAUGGGGCAUUGAAUUGAUAAGCGAUCAAUGAUCAAUCACUUAUCUGUCGAUGGUGAUUUUGAACUAAAUAUCAAUAUUUGUGAUUAUGUAAUAAGGAGGUUGCCUAAUACAGACAAAUUUUCAAUUUUCAUAACAAUUGCAACCCCCCACCCCGUCUCUUCCGUCCUUUGCAAGUUUCCUAGAAUGAAUGAUUCAGUGAAAUUCGCACUUGAUAAAGCCUGGCUAUGUAGCAAUGCUUGACUGAAACAUUGCAAAUUUCUUCAUUUCUAUUUGAUUUUCACGCGUAAAUAUUAGAAUUAAAUUGCGCAAUGAUUAAAAAACGAAAAUGCGGGACUAAAAAAUAAGCUUUCAUCAUUAACUUUGAUCAUUCAUACCUUUUUUUAAUUGACUAAGUUAUAUUUUCAGAAAA